AUGCUCUCCCGAUCAACAAGAGCUGCCCUCCUCCGCCUGCACCGCAGCGCAGCUCCAACCACUCCUUCAAGAUCAUGCAUUGUCGCCCACCAACUUCAAAACAAACAAACAGUCUACCCCCUCCAGCGCCGUACCUUCCUCUCAACCCCCACUAUCCGCAAGGGCAUCACGCCCGGAUCCCCAGACCCGACAGCUCCAAACCCACAGUCCAACAAUGCCGCCGUCGCAGCUGGUGCUACGCAUGUAACCGAGGCGACCCCGUUAUCAGACAAGGAUUACCAUGAGGUAUCGGAGCAUUAUCUGAAUGUACUGCUGGGUGAAGUGGAACGGGUUCAGGAGGAUGGUUCGGAGAUUGAAGCUGAGUACAGUGCCGGCGUCCUCAACAUUGUAGUCCCCAGUGUUGGCACAUAUGUCCUCAACAAACAACCUCCAAACCACCAAAUCUGGCUCAGUUCGCCCAUCUCGGGGCCCAAACGCUACGACUGGGUUAUCCAAGGGGAUCAAAUGCACGAAAAGCAGGAUACGAGAGGGUUUAUUAAUGGUCAAUGGAUCUACUUGCGUAAUGGAUCGAAUUUGACGGAUUUGUUGAAUGAUGAGUUGACGUUGAAUUUGCCAGAGGAUAUUUACUCCGCGGUUGAUGAGUGA